UUUUAGGGCCAUCCAAAAGCGAAAAAACUUUAUGAUGGAAUAGUAAAGCAUUGAAAGUUUUAUUGGUUUACUUUAGUGGUCAGUCCAUCAAUUACGCAGCCAUUUCCUGCACGCCUCAACAUCUGCUGUGGGAAAGCUGUGAUUGUGGUUUCAGCUUGCUCUUGGACGCCCAUUUGACUGUGGUUCUGUGGGAUUUACAAUUUUACAUGCAGGUUUAUUCGUAAUCCCAUAAUAAUUUCGUCACUUCCUACCAUGUGGCGGAACCUGCGCAAACUCCCGUCUGCAACGGCGAGCUCUUCGUGGACGAGUUACCGUGCAGUUAAUGGGGAGCUACUACCCGUAUCGCGAAGUUCUCAGCGCAACUUUUGUUUAACAUUGCAAAAGAGGCAGCAGAAACUGGAUCCCGCUUGCGAUACAAACCCGCCCAAAUCAAGCAAUGCGUUUGCAAAAAUUCUCGGAUCCACAUUGUUAGUUAUCGCGGUGCCUGUUGGUUAUGCACUGUACGAUCCCAAAUUUCGCUCGACGCUCGAAGGAUAUCUGCCGUUUACAAAGCCAUUUUUUAACGCCGUGACUGGGAAUUCUGCCCCUUCUACAGAUAAGUCUAAAGCUGCCAGUCCGUCGCUUCCCUCCAUUGUGCGACCCAAAGAGCCUGAAAAGAAGAAGCCUGUGGAAAUCCCUAAGAAAAAGGAUGAGGAGAUCAAAGUAGAAAAACCAACACCGAAACCAUCCGCUCCCUUAGCUGGUGCCGCUGCUGCCACAGCAGCCGCUGCGUUGACUCCCAAUAAAAGUGACACAGAAAAGGAAAAUAAGGAAUUGCGCAAAGAAAUUUCCGCAGCCAAUACAAAAAUCGCUGAUCUGGAAAACAAAGUUAAAACUUUAGAGGAAUAUCGUGCUUCUUCGGAAAAAGCUGCGGAAACCCCUAUUAUAUCCGAUUUGAUAGCAUUUUUAGGAGGUCGGAAAUUAACUGAUGAUGAGAAGAAGCUUGUGGAUACAGUUGUCGCCAAUACCACGGAACGCUUGGAACAGGAAUUUGAUGCUUAUAUUGAAGAACUGGAAGACGAACAGGAGUGGGAGUUGCAGCUGCAGUUGAAACGACAGAUUGCCGCUCAUGCCGAUGCUAUUGGGGAAGCCUUAAAGCGUCAGGAAGGUGAACUUGAGCAACACUUCCAGGUCAGACUUGAGAGACGGCUGGAAGAAGAGCGACAGCGGUUUAAUUUACAAGUGGCUGGUGCGCUGGGAAGGAUUAAAGGCAUUGAGGAAGCACUUUCGAGACGAGCAAAAAGUGAUAAAGCUGCACACAAAGCUCAAUAUCUGUGGCAUACAUCCCAUGCAUUUUACGAUGCGGUUAAAUACGGAAAUACUGCUGGGAAAAGCUACGAAGAGCGCAUGGUCCCUCUAUCGAGAUUUGUUAGCCUCGCUAAAGUUUUCAGUGACUCUCAUCCGUUCGUAUUGAGCAUUUUGAGAGCUGUUCCUGAAGAGGCUUUAGUACGUGGCGUGUACACCGAAGAUGGUCUGCGUGAACGGUUUAGCCGGUUACGGAAUGCCGCCCGGAAAGUGGCCCUGAUUGAUGAAAACCACAGCAGUCUUUAUCAAUAUUUCCUUUCUUAUCUGCAAUCUGUUUUGGUUAAUGAAACCUGUUACGAUUUAUCUUCGCAAAAAGAAUUCGAUUCAACCCAGUUGGACACUUUUCGCAUAUUGGGAACGGCUCGCAAAUGUAUGCAGCGGGGGGAUGUGGAAACAGCCGUCAGGUUUAUUGGUCAGUUGAAAGGCGAGCCGAGGAAAGUUGCGCAGGACUGGCUCAAAGAAGCACGUUUAUAUUUGGAAACGCAGCAGAUAGCCAAAUUGCUGCUAGCACACGCAUCGGCCGUGGGAUUGUCCACUGUGCCCAUGGAUGGCAGGAAAUAGAUGUGUUAUUAUGAUCCAGUUUUCGUUGUGUAUUGUGGUCGUUCCAGUGGAAUAUCUUAACGCUGACUUAACGUGAAAUUUAAUGGCAUUUGCUUUCGUUUUGGUAUUUAUUAUUUCUGGCUUGAUUGAAUGAUUGCUGCGGUGUGUGAUUAAACGAAGACAAGGAUUUAAAAUUCCUAGUGUCCAUUACAAAACUGUUAGAAUGAUUUAAGUACGUUAAAGUACCAGUGCACUGA